AUGGCCAGUGAAGAAGCACCCCAGCUGUCGCCCUCGUCGCACAGGCUGCCCACCGUCUCGGCAUCCCAAGCCCUCCAAAGCCUCCAUGCGCGCGGAGCCCGCACUGUAUCGACGGGCCUGGCACAGCUCGACCAGGUCCUCUCACCGCCGAGCCUACCGGGCCACCAUGUCUCGGGCGGAUACAUACGCGGCAAGGUGACGGAGAUCUUCGGCCCGUCCGGAGUCGGCAAGACAGCAUUUGGGAUACAGGCUGCAGUCUCUGCCCUGCGCGAGGGCCAGCGAGUGAUAUGGAUCGACGCUGCCUGUGCGCCUUUGGUCAAGCAUCGCGUCGACGACAUGCUCACUGCGCAACCCGAUGCGCCCGCUAUCUCUCGAGAUGAACUGCGUGCUCAUUUCCACUACUUGCCCAUGCCGACGCUUGCCCAUUUCCUGGCGCUGUUCAUGCACGCGCCCGCUGCCUUUCCUCCGCACGGCACCAGCCUGGUCGUCGUAGACUCUCUUGCAACCCUCGUCGAUAACGCAUACCCCCGCAAUGUCGACGACCGCCUACCCAAAAACAAGACAGAUCAGGCACGAUGGGCUGCGGGACGUCGAUAUACCGUCAUCAACGAGCUGAUCGCCACACUUACGCGCUUCGCUGCACUGCACGACAUCGCCCUACUAGUGACGAGCCAGACCAUUACACGCAUCCGUGGCGCUUCACGCGCAUUGUUGGUACCGGCAAUAUCAGGGAUCGAAUGGGAGAAUGGCGUUUCUACUCGUCUGGUUCUCUUCAGAGACUGGCCCCGACACGCCAAGGCCAAGAGCAAGGUACAAGCCGACAGCUUGCAGAAAGCGCGAUUUGCUGGCUUGGUCAAGGCGAAUGGUGUAGCUCUCGCGGAAGAAGGCAGUGUGGGCAACGUGGUAUCCUUCACCAUUGACCAUCACGGUCUUUGCGACAUGAAUGUAGCAGCCGACGAUAUUGCAACCCCUCUGUUCGUCCCAACAGAAGCCAGACCGCCUAAAAGAUCCUUCGCCGAGAUCGACGAGGACGUGGCUCGAGAACCAAAUUCUGAUGAGCUCUAUGGCUGGAUAGAAGACGAUGAAGUCGCCACUGAGGGGUUGUUGAUGGAUGAAGCAGCCGUCAACGAGAACGACGCUGUGGGACCUCGCCUAGAUGUUGUCGCAGAGGGCCAUAAGAAGAAGGUAACACGGACAUCUACGCUUUGA